AUGUCGCUUAGCAAGGCGCAGCACGAGCGCUUCUCCUUGCAGUUUCUUAUGUUCGACAAGGACUCCGACGGCCUCAUCACGACGGACGAGUUGGGGCCGCUGCUGCGCGUCUGGGGUUUCUGUCCAUCGGAGGCGGAGGUGCAGGCGGUGGUGCGGCUCUUAGAUCCCGACGGGGCGGGCGUCAUCACGAAGGCGCAGGCUCUCGAGACCGCCGAGAACAUGCAGAAGCAUGUGACCACACGGGUGGAUGUGCGAGAGGCUCUCCGAGUGCUCGACACCGACAGCGAUGGAUUCAUUACCACCGCCGAACUGCGUCAUAUCCUGUUGAACUUAGGCGCCCGGCUGCCGCUGGAGCAGGUGGACGAGGUCAUCGCUGACGUCUACGCGGACGAGGAACACCACGUCAACAUAGACGAGUUUGCGCGCAUGCUUUUUGCGGGCACCCAUGAGGAGAUUGAACAUUGA